UUAACGGAAGUUAGAGAAGUCAGUGUUAAUGCCAUCAGGUUGGAGGCUACCCAGCAGGUAUAUAAGGUGUUCCUCCAAACUGAAUGUGGCUUCAUCUUGACUGUAGAGGAGGCCAUGGAUAGACAUAUCAGAAUGGGAAUGGGACGUGGAAUUAAAAUGUAUGGCCACUGGGAGAUCCUGCUUUCUCUGGCAGACCGAGCGUAGGUGUUCAGCGAAAUGGUCUCCCAGACUGCGUAGGCUCUCGCCAGUAUAUAAAAGGCCACACCAGGAGCACCAGAGAGAAAUGGAGAACAAGCAGGGUGAUGGGCAGAGAGUGAAAAAAAAACAAACAACUAAAUAUGUCAGGGAUGGGGUAAGAAGGGGAGGAGGGGCAUUAAUGGAAGUUAGAGAAGUCAAUGUUCAUGCCAUCAGGUUGGAGGCUACCCAGCAGGUAUAUAAGGUGUUCCUCCAAACUGAAUGUGGCUUCACCUUGACAGUAGAGGAUGCCAUGGAUAGACAUAUCAGAAUGGGAAUGGGACGUGGAAUUAAAAUGUGUUGCCACUGGGAGAUCCUGCUUUUUCUGGCAGGCCGAGCGUAGGCGUUCAGUGAAACGGUCUCCUAGUCUGCGUCGGGUCUCACCAAUAUAUAAAAAGCCACACCGGGAGCACCAGACGUAGUAUACCACACCAGCCGACUCACAGGUGAAGUGUCGCCCCACCUGGAAGGAUUGUCUGGGGCCCUGGGAAUUGUCUGGGUGAGGGAGCAAGUGUAAGGGCAGGUGUAACACUUGUUCCGCUUACAAGGAUAAGUGCCAGGAGGGAGAUCGGUGGGAAGGGAUGGGGGAGGGACACGAGUGGACAAGGGACUCCAGCACCAUCACCACGUGUUCCAAUGACCAUGGACAGCUUCAAAGCGAUUGCGCAACCACUGACUGCGACUCCAGCUUUGAACGCCAGGCUGGGUCUUCACAUGCUGCGAUUGUGUCUCCUGUCUCUCCCCCUUCCCCCACCACCGUUCUGCAAUCCCCUCUCCCUCAGAUCCCAUUGUCAGCUCCUGGGCCCUCAGAGGCUCCAUUUCCUCUCACCCCAACCCUUCUCUCUCCACCGACACUACCAGCCUCCCUCCCCCCUCUGAUCCUAUCUCUCAUCCGUGCUGGGUCUUUACCAUUCCCUUUGACCUUCAACUCUCUGAGGCAGAGCGCUGUCCUCAGUAAGGGCCUCAGCUUUGUUCCCCUUAGCCCACACCUCAGCGAGUUCAGCGUACGCCAUGACACUGAAUUCUUCUUCUGCCGGCUCUGUCUCCGAGCAUACUUCUUUGGCAAGGACUCUCCCACCCCCACUGAUGACCCUUUCUCCCUUCUUCAACACUCCUCUUCAUGGACACCCUACUCUGGUCUUCUGCCUGCUCUGGAUCUUUUUAUUGCUAAUUGCCAACGGGACAUCAACCGUCUCGACUUCACCACACCCUGUUCCAAUUCCAACCUCACACCUUCCGAACUCUCUGCUCUCUGCUCCCUCCGCACCAAUCCCAACCUCACUAUAAAACCUGCUGAUAAGGGGGGGAGCUGUUGUUGUCUGGAGUACUAACCUCUACCUGGCCAAGGCACAGCGACAACUCUGAUACCUCCUCUUGUUUACCCCUUGAUCAUGACCCCACUAAGGAGCACCAGGCCACUGUCUCCUAUACCAUCACCAACCUUAUCAGCUCUGGGGAUCUCCCAUCCACUGCCACCAACCUCAGUUCCCAGACCCUGCACUUCCUGUUUCUACCUCCUACCCAAGAUCCACAAACCUGCCUGUCCAGGUAGACCUAUUGUCUCAGCUUGCUCCUGCCCCACCAAACUCAUUUCUGCACACCUUGACACUGUCUUAUCCCUUGUUCAAUCUCUUCCCACCUAUCUUCAUGUCACUUCUCACACUUUGAAUUUUUUCAAAGAUUUUAAGUUCUCUGGCCCCCACUGCCUUAUUUUCACCAUGGACGUCCAGUCCCUAUAUACCUCCUUCCCCCACCCAGUCUCAAAGCUCUUCACUUCUUUUUGGAUUUCAGACCUAACCAAUUCCCUUCUACCACCACUCUCCUCUGUCUAGCAGAAUUAGUUCUUACUCUCAAUAAUCUCUCCUUUGGCUCCUCCCACUUCCUCUAAACCAAGGGUGUAGCCAUGGGUAUGGGUAUGGGUUCCAGUUAUGCCUGCCUUUUUGUUGGCUUUGUGGAACAGUCCAUGUUCCAAGUCUAUACGGGUAUCCAUCCCCCUCUUUUCCCUCGCUACAUUGAUGACUGCAUUGGCGCUGCCUCCUGCACGCAUGCUGAGCUCGUCAACUUUAUUAACUUUGCCUCCAAUUUUCACCCUGCCCUCAAAUUUACCUGGUCCAUUCCCGACACCUCCCUCCCCUUUCUUGAUCUUUCUGUCUCCAUCUCUGGAGAUGGCCUAUCUACUGAUAUCUACUGUAAGCCUACAGACUCUCACAGCUACCUGGACUAUUCCUCUUCCCACCCUUGCAAAAAUGCUAUCCCCUUCUCACAAUUCCUCCGUCUCCGCCGCAUCUGUUCUCAGGAUGAGGCUUUUCAUUCCAGGACGAAGGAGAUGUCUUCCUUUUUUAAACAAAGGGGCUUCCCUUCUUCCACCAUCAACUCUGCUCUCAAAUGCAUCUCUCCCAUUUCCCGCAAAUCUGCCCACCACCCCACUUGGGAUAGGGUUCCCCUUGUCCUCACCUACCACCCCACCAGCCUCCAGGUCCAACAUAUAAUUCUCUGUAACUUCCGUCACCUCCAACAGGAUCCCACCACCAAGCACAUCUUUCCCUCCCACCUUUUUCUGCUUUCUGCAGGGAUCGCUCCCUAUGCAACUCCCUUGUCCACUUAUCCCCUCCCCCCCCAUCCCUGUAAGUGGAACAAGUGCUACACCUGCCCUUACACUUUUUUCCUCACCACCAUUCAGGGCCCCAGACAGUCCUUCCAGGUGAGGCGACACGUCACCUGUGAGUCGGCUGGUGUGGUCUACUGCAUCCGGUGCUCCUGGUGUGGCCUUUUAUAUACUGGCGAGAGCCUACGCAGACUAGGAGACCGUUUCGCUGAACACCUACGCUCGGUCCGCCAGGGAAAGCAGGAUCUCCCAGUGGCCAUACAUUUUAAUUCCACGUCCCAUUCCCAUUCUGAUAUGUCUAUCCAUGGCCUCCUCUACAGUCAAGAUGAAGCCACAUUCAGUUUGGAGGAACACCUUAUAUACCUGCUGGGUAGCCUCCAACCUGAUGGCAUUAACAUUGACUUCUCUAACUUCCGUUAAUGCCCCUCCUCCCUUCUUACCCCAUCCCUGACAUAUUUAGUUUGUUUUUUUUUCACUCUCUGCUCAUCACCCUGCUUGUUCUCCAUUUCUCUCUGGUGCUCCUCCCCUUCCCGAGGCCUCCCGAUCUAUGAUCCUUUCCCUUCUCCAGCUCUGUAUCAC